AAUAGAGAAGAAAGAAAGGAGGGAGCGACGCAUUGUUACCCCGGGCCGCGGCGGAACAAAGCCGGCAGCUCCGCGCCGGGCUCCGCGCAACGCGCAGCGGGCUCCGGGCUCCGCGCCCCGGGCUCCGCGCCCGGCCCGGCCCGGGAACGGCGGCGGGGGCGGGCGGAGGUUCCGCGGGCCGCCGCGGGGAAGGAGAAGCAGAAGGGGCGGGGGAGAGGGAAUAAUCCCGGCUGGUGCUAUCGCCGCAUCCCUUUUGUUAUUUAUCGCGAUCGGGGAAGAGGAGGAAGAAGAGCGGGGGAGACGGCAAUUUCCACCCCCCUACCCCCCCCCCCCAAAAAAAAAACCCACACCAACCCCGACUGGCAGCAGCUGCCGGUGCGUUGCAGCCCGCUGCCCCGAAUUAACGGGCGGAGGCAGACUUUGAUGGGGGGAAAAGCUUUUUUUCUCCCCUGAUGCAUCGUAAGUAACUUAAGUUGUUAUUUAUACUCCGCAAACAAACACGGCGAUAACAUCUCCCAUCUCUGGAGCGCUGGAGGCCGCGGCGAGGGAUGAGAUCUGCCUUUCCCCAUCCGAGCAGGACACUUUUCCGCUCGUAAUUCAUUUGAUUUGAUUUUGAUUUUUUAAUUUUUCCAUGCUCCGUUUCCGGAGGGCCAUUUGAACUGUAAAGGAAUCGCCGAGGGGGCGAGGGGACCUGGAGAGAGAGGCUGUCCAAACGACUCUGCCGAGGCUCCUCCGCCCCCCUCCAAGAUGAUGCUUAGCCCGGACCAAGCUGCCGACUCCGACCACCCCUCCUCGGCCCCCUCCGACCCGGAGUCCCUGGGCGGUGCGGACGCCCAGGCUCUCAGCUGCUGCGUCUCCGAUCCGGAGCCGGCGGAGGGCGGCGGCGGCGGCGGCGGCGGCGGCGGCGGGGAGGGCCGGGGCGGCGGCGGCGGCGGCGGCGGCGGUGGGGAGGUGCGGGGAGGGGGGGGCCGGCCCGGUCUGCACCCGCCGCCGUUAAGCCGGGAAGAGAAACGAAGGCGGCGACGAGCCACGGCCAAGUAUCGUUCUGCCCACGCCACGCGGGAACGGAUCCGCGUAGAGGCCUUCAACCUGGCCUUCGCCGAGCUGCGCAAGCUGCUGCCCACCCUGCCCCCGGACAAGAAGCUCUCCAAGAUCGAGAUCCUGCGCCUCGCCAUCUGCUACAUCUCCUAUCUCAACCACGUCCUGGACGUGUAGACCACCCCCCCCCCCUCCCCGCCCCACCAGACCGCCCCGGCGGACACCCCC